AAUUUGCUUUAUUUUCAUGUCUAAUCGUUUAGUUAAUUCACCAAACUAAUACAACUGAUUAAAGUUAAUUCCUUGUUGAUUAUGUGAUUUAAUUGGUUAAUAUUUUGCCCAUGGAUUAAUUUAAAUCAACUUUUUCAUUCAAUUUUCAAUUCAAUUAGUGAUUUUUUUUUUCGGAAUACAAAUCAAGAAGGAAAUUAAUCUGUAACAAUUAAAAGAAUAUAACAUUUACUGGAGUAAUUAAUUGUUCGUUGGUUUAAAACAAAAUGGUGGCCACUGGCGCUUUAAUUGGUCUUCUUGGUACCAAACUUAAAUUUCUGGGUAAAAUCAAACCAACAACAAUCGACAACACGGUGUUCAAGUUACAUUAUCGAUGGACAGUGAACAUGUUACUCGUCGCUUGUGCUGUGGUCACUUCGACCCAAUUUUUUGGAGAUCCAAUUACCUGUAUAAAGAGUGAAAGUUUCAUCAACUCGGCGAUCAUUAAUAACUAUUGCUGGAUCGAAGGUACUUUCACCCUUCCAAGAGCAUUGACCAAAGUGGCAGGAACUGAGGUCGCACUUCCCGGUAUUGAAAAAACUCCCGUCGAUGCAACCGACAUGUUGAUCCAUAAAUACUAUCAAUGGGUUUGGUGGGUUCUAUUUCUUCAGGCUAUGUCAUUUUAUGUCACUCGACUAAUCUGGAAGUCCUGGGAGAACGGGAUUGUGGCCCGUUUGAUCAAUAAUCUAAAUCAAACUAUUCUACAAGAGAGUAAAAAGAAAGAGCAUUCAAGUUUCUUGGUCGAUUUUCUGUCAUCUCGAAGAGGAACCUUUGACCAUUACGCUAAAAAGUUUCUCUUUUGUGAGAUUCUAAAUCUCACCCAUGUGAUUGUUCAGAUCAUUAUAACGGACACAUUUUUGGGCGGUAAUUUCCUCGAUUAUGGUGCCCUAGUAUUGGCCUAUUCUGGUGAUCCAGAGGAGACCAAUCCAAUGACCAAAGUUUUCCCGAAAAUGACCAAAUGUACCUUUCGUGUUUACGGUUCUUCAGGAGAUAUUCAAAUAUAUGAUAACUUUUGUCUUCUCCCGUUGAAUAUUAUCAAUGAGAAAAUUUAUCUUUUCCUUUGGAUUUGGUUCAUAUUUUUGGCCGCAGUUUCCGCUCUAUCGGUGAUCCAUCGAAUUGUUUCCUUCGUCUAUCCUCCCUGUCGACAUCGUUUACUUCAAAUGAUCAGUCGUCGGGCGAAACCUGAGGCACAUUCAACUCUAAUCGAAUCACUUAAUUAUGGUGAUUGGUUCCUUCUUUAUCUAAUUGGUCAGAAUGUUGAACAAUCACAUUUCGCCGAAGUCCUCGAAUUGUUUGCUCUACAAUUAGAUGAAGCAACAUUACCAAAGGCCAAGAAAAUAUCAGAAUCAUCAAUUUAAUCUAAACGUUGAAACAAUUUAAACGAUCGUACAACAAUCAGCUAACAUGACAAAUCAACGCGAAUCAGUGACAAUAUAAAAGCUCAACUAUAAUCAACCAAUUACAAUUUUAACUUAAUUUCAAAUAAUCAGCUACGAUUGUACAAUUAUCACUAAUCAAUGACAUUUCAUUUACAUAUAAAAUCAUAUUUUAUCAAUUUUCACAUAGUUAAAACCCAAUUGUAACAAUUAAUUUGUCUGUUCAUUGUUAAUUCAAUCUUGUUGUCAACAAAAACACACAACACUAACUAAAUUAAUUCACACAAUCAAUGGGAAACAUUUAAAUCACUAAACAGUAUCAAAGGAAAAACAAAUGAUGAAAUCUGUUCAAAUUUUAAUCAACUAUUGAUCUUUAAUUAGGUUGAUUAAACAAAGAAACAACAUUAUUAUUAUCAAGUUAA